AUGUCCAUCUUGAGACAUGGUUGUCUCCACGCCCCAGAGCUCGAACGAGACAGGGUCCUCCUUUUCUGCCGUCCGCUGCGUACCCGCCUGCAGCUCAUCUUCCAAGACUCGAGCGAAAUCGUCCAGGUCGAGCUUGAGUUCGUGGAAAAAGAGGGCCAGCUGUUUGUCUCCCGUGUUCGGCCCGAGCCAGGUCUUGACAGCCACAUCCGUCGAGACAUGGGUGUGCUGGACACCAUUCGAUGGGUGGAUAACUCCGAGAUCGCUGGCGAUCUCGACCCCGACCACAUCAGGCUGCAGCUGUGCGCCGCAAGUGUCAACUUGAAGGACGUGCUGAUUGCCUCGGGCCAGCUUGAAGGCAUAACGCAGAUGCAGAAUGACUGCAGCGGCGUCGUGCUCGAUGUCGGGGCCAACAUGACAAGCCGGUUCAAGCCUGGAGAUGGCGUCUGCGCUCUGUAUUCCCAGUCAUAUAUAAAUUACCCCGUCGUCCACGGAGACUGCUGUCAUAUCAUCCCAGAAGAGAUGGACCUGGUGGACGCUGCUUCGAUUCCCAUUGUCUGGGCCACGGUCUACUACUGUCUGGUAUAUGCUGGCAAGUUGAAGAAGGGCGAGAGCAUCCUCAUCCACUCCGCAGCUGGAGCGGUCGGCCAAGCAGCCAUCAUGCUUGCCCGCCACAUUGGUGCUGACAUCUUUGUCACCUGCGGUAAUGACACGAAAACGCAGUUGUUGAUUACAGAGUUUGUCAUCGCUGAGGACCACAUCUUCUCGAGCCGCACCACGUCUUUCCGCGAUAAGAUCCACAGCUUAACCAACGGUUACGGUGUGGAUGUCGUCCUUAACUCUCUCAGCGGAGAAAUGUUCCGUGAGUCAUGCAACUCGCUUGCACCGUUUGGUCGGUUCGUGGAAAUUGGGCGCAAGGACCUGAUGGAAAAUGCCCUGAUGCCUAUGGAGUUCCUGCUCAACAACAUUACGUUCGCCUACGUCGACUUGGCGCAUGUCAUUGUCACCAGGAAAAGUCUGGCCCACAAGCUGUUCGCUAGCAGGGCUGUCCAGCCCGUGAAACUGACCAAAUUCCCCAUCUCUCAGAUUGGAGAAGCAUUUCGCCUCGUUCAGGCUGGCAAGCACACGGGCAAAGUACUGUUGACGGUAGAGCCAGAGCAAAAGGUCCAGGUCGUCGAACCAAAGCCUCUGCCUGUUCAGCUUCACUCGGAUGCGACGUAUCUCGUGGUCGGAGGCUUGGGAGGUCUAGGAAGGCGGAUAGUCGAUUGGAUGGCAGAAAAAGGGGCUCGUCACAUUGUCAUCUUCUCCCGUUCGGCGCAGGUCGACUCUGAAGCCCACAGCUUCCUAAACAAGCUUGAGUCUUUGGGGGUCACUGUCCGGGUCGAUCAGUGCGAUGUAACUCUGGAAGACUCGCUUGACCGAACGCUGACCAACAUCCGGGACACGUUGCCACCCAUCCGCGGGCUCAUCCAGGCCGCCAUGGUCUUGCACGACGUUCUCUUGGAUGACAUGACAGUGGAGCAGUGGUGCAAAGCGACCAGUCCAAAGGUCCGGGGCACGUGGAACCUACACACCUCUCUGCCCCACGACCUGGACUUCUUCGUCAUGCUCUCCUCGGUGGUGUCCAUCGUCGGCAACAUUGGCUCAAGCAACUACGCCGCAGCCUGCUCCUACCAGGAUGGAAUCGCCCACUACCGUCAGCGACUUGGUUUGCCGGCAUACUCGAUCAACGUCGGUGCCAUUGCCGAGGCUGGCUACGUGAGUGAGAACCCAGAGGUGGCCGCGACCCUCCGUCGAAACGGCCUAGGCAAUGUGACGAUUGCCGAGUUCCUAUCUCAUCUCGGCCACGUCAUCCAGAAUGAAACAGGACACUGCCAGUCGUCGGUCGGUUUAGUACCUUCCGGUAACGAGCGCGGCCUCGAGGCGAUGUACUGGACCAAUGACAAGAAGUUUGCACAUCUCGGCCGCGAGAAACAGGUCGGCAGACAGAGGGGUGGCGCUGCUGAUGACGUUGGGUCCGCGCUGCAGGCGGCAGAGACGUAUGAGGAGGCAUUGGACGCUGUGCGCGGAGCAAUUGUCAGGCAAUUGGCAACAAUUCUCGCUCUUAGGCCCGACGAGAUCAUCUCAGCGCGAAGUUUGGACUCGUACGGCGUGGAUUCGCUUGUUGGUGUUGAGCUGCGAAACUGGAUCAGCGCUUACCUGCAGGUCAAUCUGCCUUUGCUGGUCAUGUGGAGCACGAACAGCAUAGACGAGCUGGCUGGGGUCGUCACGAAAGGAUCCAGACUUGUCAGUGUGGAUGAGAUUGGUGAGGAAACGGGGGGAACAGAAUAG